AUGUUUUUAUUUGAAAAUGCAGAACGCGUUCCUGGAAAGAAACGGAUACAGGUUAUGGCGGACAGUGACAGCGACGGUGCAGACGGCAAUUCGCCAAAAAAGGCUAAAGUAGAAUUGACGGUAAAAGAAAAGGAAGAACGUUUUCUUGCUACGGCUAAAAUAUCAACGGAAUAUGAUACAAUGGAUAUUCAAGAUGCCUUGGUUCGCAGUAACUGGGUAGUAUCUGAGGCUUUAGUUUACCUUAAAGAAAAGUGCACACCGAAGAAUAAAGGCUCGGGAGCUCAUAUGGCUGCCACAUCCACACCUAAACAGUCCAGUGUUACCAAUGGCAAUUCCAAACACUCAUCAAAGUCUAAAAAACCGGAUCAUUCGGAUUCAGAAGUGGAUGAUUCUGGGGAUGAACAGUAUUCUAAAAGUCAGGUAUACGACAGCGAUGAUAGUGAUACGGAAGGCUCAAAGGAAAUGACCGGUCAGCGUAAAAAAGUCUUUGAAUUUAUGAACACUGCCUCUUUGAUUGAACUGCAAACAGUAAAGACAUUGUCCGAAAAGAAAGCCAGUUUGAUUGUUGAAUUGAGGCCCUUCAAGGAUUGGAACGACUUGCGACAGAAGUUGGUCUCAAAUAAAGCGUUGUCCGCCGAUCUUUUAAAUAAUGCCCAAGAAUUGAUCAACAAACAAAACAAUGUGGCAAAUAUAUUGGCAAAGUGUAACAAACUGGUUCAAAGGCUCGAAUCUGCAAUAGAGGCAGGCGCUGGUAUUGUUGAACAACCCAAAAUACUCAACGAAAAAUUUAAACUGGCCGACUAUCAGCUUAUUGGUUUAAAUUGGCUAACAGUUAUGAACAAACAGGAAAUGAAUGGUAUUCUGGCCGACGAGAUGGGUUUGGGAAAGACCAUUCAAGUAAUAGCUUUCUUGGCAUACCUCAAAGAAAAUAAUCUAUCUAAAGCGGCUCAUUUGAUCGUUGUACCCUCAUCCACUCUCGACAAUUGGGCUAGUGAAAUAGCCAGAUGGUGCCCUAGUUUGGUUGUUGAAAAAUAUCAUGGCUCCCAAGAAGAAAGAAGGCGAAUGCGAAUUCGGUUUGCCAAGGAGGGGUUUACUGGCUUUGAUAUACUAUUGACAACUUAUCACAUUGUAUCCAGUACACCCGAAGAAAGAAAGAUGUUCCGCGUUAGUAAGCUUCAUUAUGUGAUCUUCGACGAGGCGCAUAUGUUGAAGAACAUGACUACGCAGCGAUAUGCCAAUCUUAUUACGAUCAAUGCCGAAAUGCGUAUUUUACUUACUGGUACACCACUACAAAAUAAUCUCUUAGAAUUGAUGUCACUGCUCUGUUUCGUCAUGCCAAAAUUCUUUGGUAAAAAUGUGGAAGACAUAAAGAGUUUGUUUGCCAAGAAAAGCAAAGUGGAAAAUGGCAACGAAGAAUUAUCACAAUUUCAGGAGACUCAGGUCGAGAGAGCUAAACGCAUUAUGAAACCUUUUGUUUUAAGGCGUUUAAAGAAAGAUGUACUUAGUCAUCUACCGAAAAAGUAUACAUACAUUAACAAAGUUGCUAUGACAGAUUCCCAAAAACGUUACUACAACGAUUUGGUCGACUACUACUCAAAUAAUCGGGGAGAAAUUUAUAGCGGAGAUCGUGCUGGUGUCUCGAUUAUGAUUGAAAUGAGGAAACUUGCCAAUCACCCGCUUUUAGGCCGAUAUUAUUUCAGUGAUGAAAAAUUGCGCGAGUUUUCUAAACGUUUAGCCACAGUAUCUACAUACAAGAAAACUAACCCCCAAUAUAUAUUCGAGGAGAUGGCUGUUAUGUCCGAUUUUCAAGUGUGGCAGUUAUGCAACAAACAUGAACUCGAUGAUGUAAUUAUACCUGAUAGACUUAUUUGUGAUUCCGGCAAAUUUAAGCAUUUGGAUAGCCUAUUACCGAAAUUAAAAGAAGAGGGUCAUCGAGUUCUAAUAUUCAGUCAAUUUACUAUGAUGCUUGAUAUUGUUGAACGAUAUCUGGAAAUUCGCAAACACGGCUACUGUCGCUUGGAUGGUUCCACCGCCGUGGAAGAACGACAGGAUAUGAUUAAUGACUUCAAUGCGGAUUCCGAGAUUUUCAUUUUUCUACUAUCUACAAAGGCUGGCGGUGUCGGUAUAAAUUUAACAGCUGCAGACACGUGUAUUAUCCAUGACAUCGAUUUUAAUCCGUAUAAUGAUAAACAAGCUGAAGAUCGUUGUCAUCGGAUGGGUCAAACAAGACCAGUUAGCAUUUACCGUUUAAUUUCAGAGGGAACUAUCGAGGAGGGCAUGUUGAUGGUGGCAGAGGAAAAAUUAAAGUUAGAAAAGGAUAUAACAUCAAAUGAUAAAGGCGAGGUCCAAGAAACAAAAUGCGUUGUGAGGCUAUUAACAAUGGCGCUUGGUUUGGAUAAAGAAGAAGAAGAACGGUUGAAUAAAUCUAUAAACAGCUCCUUAUCAUCGCCUUCCAAGUAAAACCGAACCAUAAUCGUAAUCUAUUGCUAUAAUGUUGCUAAAUUUCAAUUGUUUAAUAUAUUUUUAAUUUAUUGGUA